AUGGCAGCACGACAACAACAACGGCGAAAAUUUCAUAAGAGGAGAGACAUAUUCCGGGAUUUCAGUGAUGCUGAGCUCAUCCGAAGAUACCGUCUGGAUCGUGCUGGCACCGUAGCAGUGACAGACUUGGUGAGGAACGAACUUCACAGUCAAACUUCCCGAAAUAAAGCACUCCCUCCAGAGCUGAAGGUGGCUAUAACUCUGCGUUAUUUAGCUACUGGCAAAAUGCAGCUGUGCAGUGGAGAUGAUUUUGGUGUGUCACAGCCAACUAUCAGCCGUGUGAUUUGGCAAACAAUCAUUGCAUUAAUUGCCUCUUGUGUCUUCCACCAGUUUGUGAAGUUUUCACUGACUAGGCAAGAAGUUCAGAGAAAGCAGGUGGAGUUCAUGGCUAUAGCCGGAUUUCGUGGAGUAGUGGGCGUGAUUGACGGGACCCACGUGCGUAUUGUGGCACCCAAAGAUGAUGAGUACACCUAUGUGAACAGGAAACGCUACCAUAACAUCAAUGUCCAGGUAGUGUUUGAUGCCACCUUCAUGAUCCUGGACAUAGUAGCAAAAUGGCCUGGAUCAGUGCAUGACGCCCGCAUCCUGGAUGAAUCUGGACUCAAGAUGUUAUUUGACCAGAAUUAUGUGCCACAACCGUGCCAUCUCUUUGGGGACAAUGGAUAUCCCUUCAAGCAGUGGCUCCUAACACCAUAUACAAAUCGUCAGCUAGCAGGCCCUGAAGCCAAUUACAACAGGUAA